AUGCUGCCCAGUGCAAAGCGUUCUCACACACAUGAGGAGUGUCCAGAGAACAAGAUAGUGACGGUGGAAUAUUCCUGCGUCAGAGCAGGGGGAAAGAACAGCACCUGUCUCAGGAGGAGAUGCUGUGAGGGCUUUAGGUUUGUGAUGGGCCAGUGCAUACCUGAAAGCGUGGACGUGUGUGCCGGCUCGCCGUGUGAACAGCAGUGCACUGACAACUUUGGCCGGGUUGUCUGCACCUGUUACCAAGGCUACCGUUUUGACCGUGAGAGACAUCGUCAGCAUCUGCAGCCGUACUGCCUAGAUGUGGAUGAAUGUAUGGAGUCCAAUGGUACAGUGUGUGAACAUUUCUGUGAGAACACAGCGGGAAGUUUCCGGUGUCACUGUAACAGUGGUUACAUCCUGGCCCCUGACCAGCAUUCUUGUAUACAACCUCACAACCUGAGUUCCUCUGGAAAAUCAGACACUCUGAUGAGUGCUGGCACCUGCUCUCUGAGCUGUCAGGACAUCGUCAGCAUGAGAAACAGUCUACUGCAGCUCAAACUCCGCCUGGCCAACGGACACACACCCACACAGGUGCUGUCUCCUGAGUUAGAUAACAGCAGUGAUAAACCAUUUCCAGAGAGGAUGGGUAAAGGACCAGACAGCCACGCCCACACCCUACCUGGUCCUCCGGGCUCUCCUGGUCCUCCAGGACGCCCUGGCAAACCAGGGGAGAAGGGAGACCCUGGAGCCAAGGGUGCGCCCGGCCCCCCGGGACCCCGGGGAGACAUGGGCCCCAUGGGCCCAGAACCGGACUUGGAACACAUCAAACGGGGCCGCAGAGGACCAGUGGGACCUCCAGGUGCACCAGGGAGAGAUGGCCUAAAGGGAGACAGAGGUCCUCCUGGACCCAGAGGUCCACCGGGACCUCCUGGCUCUUUCGACUUCCUCCUCUUGAUGAUGGCUGAUAUCCGCAACGACAUCAUCGAACUACAGGAGCAAGUGUUUGGGAAGAGGCGGGGUAUUUCUCUGGACCCGCCCCCUCACUCCAGCGGGGAGGCGGAGCUUGGCGACUGGACAUCGGGACAAGGAGAGUUGACUCUAAACACCUGA